CCUUGGCCUUGUCUGCUUCUUUCUUCUCUCUCCUUCGAAGUCCCAGCUCUGAGGUCUCAUGGAGUCCGUCUCUUCCUUUUCUCUUUCCUAGGGUUUCUCUGUGGUCCUGAAAUUUGGUGUGGCUCGAAAUUUUACUUGAAGCUUGGAUGAAAUGGGGAGAAGGCUGGAGAAAUUUGUUGCUUCGGUUGGAAUUUAUUCGGAGGUUUAGGUCCUUAGAGCUUUUCUGAGUGGGGGAAGGCGGUUUGGUUUUGUGUUUGUUUCAAAAUGCCGGCGAAUCGAUCCAAGUCGGAGAAAAAUGAUGCUGCUGCGAAGCAGCUCCGACGAGACCCCUAUGAGGUGCUCGGUGUCUCCAGGAACUCCACGGAUCAGGAAAUUAAGAGCGCGUACCGGAGAAUGGCUCUCAAGUACCAUCCUGAUAAGAAUGCAAAUGAUCCUGUAGCAGCUGAUAUGUUUAAGGAGGUCACGUUUUCCUAUAACAUUUUGUCUGAUCCAGACAAAAGACGCCAAUAUGAUACUGCAGGUUUUGAGGCUGUUGAAGCAGAUGGCCAAGAACUGGAGUUGGAUCUCGCAAGUUUGGGAGCUGUGAACACUAUGUUUGCUGCUCUUUUUAGGCAACUUGGUGUGCCAAUCAAGACCACUGUGUCCACAACAGUUUUGGAGGAGGCGCUUAAUGGAAAUGUCAACAUUCGCCCCCUUUCACUGGGACAACCUGUGUCUAGGAAGGUUGAGAAGCAAAGUGCUCACUUUUAUUCCGUCACAAUAACAGAAGAACAUGCACAAGAGGGUCUUGUUUGCCGAGUGCAAUCAUCUGAUAAGAGCAAGUUCAAGUUAUUGUAUUUUGAUCAAGAAGAGAAAGGGGGGCUAAGCCUUGCACUACAGGAGGAUAGUGCAAAAACAGGGAAGGUUACAUCUGCUGGGAUGUAUUUUCUUGGCUUCACUGUCUAUCGUUUAGAUCUAACUGUAAACUCGGUGGCUGCUGCAAAGGAUCCGGAUACAGCUUUCUUCAAAAAACUGGAUGGAUUUCAGCCAUGUGAAAUAACUGAAUUGAAAGCUGGCACCCAUGUGUUUGCUGUUUAUGGUGACAAUUUUUUUAAAAGUGUAAGCUACACAAUAGAGGCUCUUUGUGCUGCCUCCUUCACGAAAGAAAAGGAGGAUCUUAGAGAUGUGGAAGCACAAAUUCUGUCAAAAAGAGUGGAACUAUCCAAGUUUGAAACUGAAUACAGAGAGGUCCUGGCUCAAUUUACAGAGAUGACCAAUAGAUAUGCACAAGAAAUGCAAGCUAUUGAUGAACUUCUUAAACAAUGGAAUGAAAUUCAUGCCUUAUACACAACUGCCCCACCACCUGUGAAGCGAAGCUCAAGUAGGAACAGAAAUAAGGGCACCUCCAAGGAGAUCAAAGAAGGUACUGAAACAAGAGAAACAAGAGAAAAGAAGCCUAGCAAGAGGGAUAGACCUAAGAAGAAGAAAUGGUACAAUAUCCGCUUAAAAGUUGAGAAGAGAAAGCCUUGCUAAACAAGUAAGAUACAGCUUAAUCUUCUCUAACCUUUUUCUUCAAGUUCAAACAAUUGGAUAAAACUUAACCCUCUUGGAUUCUUCUAUGAGGUUUAUAAAGAUGUUAGCUAUAUUGGGUUAUAUUAUGUCUUCAGCACGUACCAUUACUUGCUGCAGUGGUCCAAUUAUUCAUGCAAAAUUGUAUGAAGCUAUGAACAUGUUGACCAGUUAGGCGCUAUUGGGGUCAUGGAAGGGAUGAUAUAUUGGUUUCUAACUUCCUCUUCAUCAAAUCCUGAUGACAACAUCUCAUUGUUAUUGUAAAAAUUCAUUAUUUAUCUUCAUCAUCCUCGGGAUUAAUUGGCAACCAUGCUUGUAAAUUACAUGUUAUUUUUGAAGAUUCUCUUGUAAUCUCCCAGCACCCAGACGCGUUUCUGGAUUUUUAUCUGAUUAUUGCCUAACCUUGAUCGAUGUGGAAUUCUUUCCGGUUUUCAGGGCCGAUUCAGUUUUGAUCAUAAUGAUCAAGAGGCAUUUUUUCCUGCCAGAAUUCACCUGAAUUUGCUGACUACUUUGUAACACAAGAAAUUCUUUUAGUACUG